CUUUUUUGUCGGAUUGAAGCUGAUAGCUGGUGGAGACAUAGAAGAAGUGUUAGCAAAAAAAGCAAACGUAGGUGUUUCGUGUCCGUAUGGAAUGACCGCGUCAUUAAAAGACAGCAGCUGCUCAAUGCGGUUACCAAAGCGGCAUAAUAGAAAUAAUUAAAGAUCCUCUCUUUUUUUCCAUAUAGCAUUAUUUACCAAGCAAACUUACACCUGAGAAACUGCUACUUCUCUAGACCAACUUUAAAGUCGAAACCCAACUACACGUUGAUAGUUUUAAAAUGAAGCCGCCAAGAAAGCCUACAUUAAACACCCUCAAAGGAUCUACAGUAAUUUCGCCUGAUCUUAGAGAAGCAUUAGGCAUAAAUGAAGGGGUGCUGGUAGGGCAACUAAGAAAUUGGAGUAAUAUAAGUUUUCUUGUUGAUAGCUACUUUGAACAUGUUGAGGAUUAUAAUUUCAAAGGAGAUGAUUUAUUCAGCACUAUGCUUAGUACUCUCGAUGAUCUCAGCGAGUUAAAAUUGAUUGAUCAAAACAACAAAAAGCAAAAGAAAAGUGGUGCUGAUCGCCUGGUUUUGAUUAAUGAUUCAGUCAUAAUGGUUCCUCAAGCAAAGUUAUUCAAGGAUUAUUGCCGAAGCAUGAAAGCAUAUCUAUUAAGCCCAAAGAUAAAAAGCAGUUUUUUAUUCAAGUAUGCCAAAGCAAGAGAUGCAAAGCAAAAAGAGAGCGAGAGAAUCAGAAGACAAGAAGAAGAAAAGGAAGAAAAAGCCAAAAUGCUUCAUAAUGGAAAAAUGAUUGCCUACCUUGCUGCUGAAAAAGGCUCCUUCGAAAUCCAGGACGAUUUACAAAGCCAAAUAUCUCAAGAAACGAGAAGAAAAAGAGAAAAAGGCAAAGAAAAAGUAGUAGGGGAAGAAGACCAAAGAAGAACAAGAGCGAGAACAGCGUCACCAGCACCAGAAGAUGAUAAUGGUUUGGUCAAUCUACAACUGCUCGAAGUAGUAGCAUUUCUAAGCAACAUUUUUCUUUUUCUCAUUUAGACAUUUCUUUUAUAACGACAACUUCUGGCGGAACAUACGAAUAUCGAAGUGACCCCGUUGACAAGAGCAACAGUCCAAUUCUUGCUUACAUCACUAGUUUCGAUGAGUUAUACCCAAUUACUGAAGAAAACCUUUUUAGUCUGGCAUACAUGUCAAGCAAUUUACCAAUGGUUGAAAGAUUGUAGGCAUACCAAUUCUUAUGCUACAAGAGGAUACCUAAUAAGCAUAUACUAUUUUUUUUAGGAACAUAUCUGGUAUUGAUUUUGUGGACAGCACCAACAAUGCUUGUUUCUUACCUGACGCAUUGGAUAAUGAUGUUAUAAAUUUGAUAAAUAAGUUUAUUCGCGUAAGUCUCAUCUUG